AUGUACGGCUCAUACGGUUCAUACAGCUCCAUGGGCUCCGUCUCCAUGACCGCCCCCAUCGAUAUCUCUCCCAGCAACAUGCUCGCCCACGACCGGUCGUGCGCCUUCCCUUCUUGGCCACGCCGCGAUACCCUCGCCGACUUUGACGGCGAGCCCAGAGCCACCUCUUACCUUUCCGACGAGGACCUCUUCCCCCAGGAUUUCGAGGACGACUCCCACAGCGUUUCCAGCCACGGCAGCUUCUCAUCGCCCAACUCCCGCUCUCCCCAGAUUUCCGAGGUUGAGCUUCUCCAGAUGGAACGCGAGCGCAUGGCUAUGCAGCGCGAGGCCCUUCGUUGCGUCAUGGCCGAGAAGGAACGUCGUCGCCAAGCAGCUCUCCAGCAAAAGAAGUCGCAACGCCGCGGCAGCUCCAAGAAGAGCCCCAAGAACAAGCUCGCCUCCAUGACUCCCAUCGCCGAGUGA